AUGGAUCGAGAAUCGGAGUUCCGGAUACUUCGAAUCAUUGAUGCUAGGUGUAAGCAAAGCGAUCGCUGUCCGAUUAUGAGAUUAGCUUACAUCCGACCGCUCGAUCGAGAUCAAACUUACAGGACUUGUUUAGUGGACUUUGUUGGACCCAUAGGAAAUUUCGGUUUGGAAAUUAGAGGUUGUGGGCUUGCGAACCCGGUUGACCAAUAUGGGAAGUUUGACCGCCCAGUUGCUUCUCGUAUUCCAGAGGAAGAGCUCUCUUUGGAUUGA